AUGAUAUCAAACCGCCGCUGUCGGGACCAGCUGGCUGGCUGCCUGCUCCCGUGUGUUCCGAUGGAUCGCACGACACGGCACGGCACAGCACGGCACGGUCGCUCUUCUGCUCUCUCUCUCUCUCUCUCUCUCUCUCUCUCUCUCUCUCUCUCUCUCUCUCUGUCAAAUGCUGCCCACGAGCCACCGGCGCAUGCUAUGAGCGGCGAGUUUGCGCGUCUGCAUCAGCGCCAACUUCUCGUCGAUGUGGCUCAACGCAUCGCGCUCCCCCUGAACCACGAUGACUCGCGCAUGGGUACCUUCUCGUGCCGUUACUAUACCUCGGACCUUCACUACGAUCGCGAGCAAGGCGUCUGCUUCUUCGAGAUGGGCGGUGAAGCCCCCAACAACGGAAUCGGCAACGAUUACAUUGCCGAUCUGGCCAAGCGUUACAAAGCUCUUCAAGUGUCCAUCGAGCAUCGCUUCUACGGUGAAUCCGUGCCGGGGGAUGAUUUCUCCGUCGACAAUCUGCACUAUCUCACUUCUCGACAGGCCCUGGCCGAUGCCGCAGCGUUGAUUGACCAUGUCAACCGCACCUAUCACUGCCGCAAAUGGAUGGCCUUUGGAGGUUCCUACUCGGGCGCUCUGAGUGCCUGGUUCCGUACAAAGUACCCUCACAUCAUUGACGGCGCUCUCUCCAGCUCUGGUGUCGUCAACGCCGUGCUGAACUUUGUCGAGUUUGAUGAACAAGUGGCUGAAGCAAUCGGCGAUCAAUGUGCGGAUAAUGUGCGCUACGUCACCGCUGCGUUUGUCGCAAGCCAGCAAAACGACCUCAUCAACGCUGCGACCAAGGCUCUCUUUGGUCUUGAUCCGGGCAUGGAUGACGGUGAUUUUGCCUACAUGUUGGCCGACUCGGCGGCCAUGGCUGCUCAAUACAACAACAAGGCUGCUCUCUGCGAUGCCCUGGCCAACGUGCAAAAGGAUUCCCAUGAGGCUGCGCGCCAGCGUUUUGCCAACUUUACAAACUUCUUCUGGGGUAGCGACUUUGGCAGUAGCUGCUUCUACGACCGUCGUUGUGUUUACGCUCAGCCAACUCGCUGGCAACCCACGGCCCGAAGCUGGUGGUGGCAAAAGUGCUACGAGUUGGCUUACUGGCAAAACCAUCCUCAAAGCGGUUCCCUGCGCAUGGAUUUGAUCACCAUGGACUACCAUCAGAAGCGAUGCAAUGCCAUGUUUGGCCUCUCCUCUCUCCCAGAUACCAACGGCACCAACGCCUAUUACGGCGGCGCGGCGCCCAACACCACAAAAGUCUAUUUUAGCAACUUUAGCGAUGAUCCCUGGCAACAGGCAUCUGUCCGCAAGGAAUUGAGUCCCUCCUUGCCAUUUGAGCUCGUGCACUGUGACGGCUGCGGUCAUUGCGAUGAUUUGCACCUGCCCAGCCGUAGCGAUCCCCCGCAACUGACUGCUUCGCGCCAGCGUUUUGAGACUUACCUGACGACCUGGCUCAAGUGAGCGUUUGAUUGACAAUCAAGCUUGCCAUCG